GAAGAAUCAGCUCGAAGAGUUCAAAUGUCUGGCAACAGAGGCAAUCAGCUUUAAACUCGUUCGUUGUGAGGAAGAUAUCGACGAUGACAGCAAAAAUUUCUCACCGGACAUGGCCCACCAGGUUUUUGGCGAUUCGGAGAUGAUAUUUGGAUAUAAAGGCUUGAAAAUACCCAUUUAUUACACAGCUGCAAAACUGCUACCUUACUACAGUAUCUCGUACACUGAAGUCUGCAAUGUGGCCAGGCAUGGGGUCCCCCCAGAUGACUUUGAGAAAAAACUGGCUGAAGAACUACCACCUGGCUUUGUGACAAACCUCGACACAUUCAGGAAGUUAUUGUCUGAUGAUCAGACUUUCAGACCCUUUGGCCAGUUGAUAGAUUCAUACACAGUCCCUGCUAAAACAGGAGAGCGGCAGUUCGAGGUGUACUACACUAAGAUAGAGGAGCCCGGUUUCAGAGACUACCAUUCAAGACUGCAGUCUUUCAUCAAGUUUUAUAUUGAUGCUGCUUCAUACAUUGAUGUUGAUGACGAACAGUGGGAUUAUUUCUUGUUGUUGGAGAAGUACAGAGUAAAUGGAGAAUCUAGAUAUGCUGCUGCCGGCUACAUGACAGUUUAUAAUUUCUAUGCCUAUCCGUCACGAAUCAGACCUAGAAUCAGUCAGGUGUUGGUGUUACCUCCCUUUCAGAAGUUGGGGCUCGGGGCUCGACUCAUCCAGACGUUUUACAAUUUGUGCUAUAGUCGGCCUGAGGUUUUGGACAUCACAGUUGAAGAUCCUUCAGAAAACUUUCAGAGAGUCCGGGAUUAUGUUGAUGCCAAAAACUGCCAGCGCCUGAAGAGCUUCCAGCCAGAGGAGCUGCAGAAAGGGUUUUCCCAUGAAAUGUUGCAUGAGGCCCAGACCAAGCUGAAGCUAAGCAAGGUCCAGGCUCGAAGAAUUUAUGAGAUCUUGAGACUAAAAGCAACAAACGAAAGUAAUAAAGAAAUGUUCCGAACUUACAGACUUGAUGUGAAAAAGAGGCUUAACAUUCCAUUUUUGAGAAACCGAAGGACCUACCAAAAGCUGGAAAAAACCUUAAACCCAGAAGAGCUGUCCCAGACUUUGGGCAUCAUGAAGAAAGAACAGAAGUUUCAAUACCUGGAGAAUGCGUUUCAGGAAGAUUUGGCUGCUUACAGACAUGUUUUGGAUCGACUGGCAACCCUUUAG